GAAGACAAGUCUUGAUUGCGAUCAAUGUCUUGACGAGUGGUUCCCUCUUGUGUUGACUUUUGUUGUAUUCAAUGAUAUAAUGUAUGAAACAGUGAAUUAGUGUCAAAGCAAUGGUGCAAACAAUGCCUUUGAGGUCAUUGAUUGGUUGCUUACGGUUUACUGACCAGUGUUGCCGACCCGACACCCGAUGUGUUGGUGACUAAACUGGUCAUUGAGUGGACUAUUGGUUGUGUUGUAUGUGUUAGUGUGUGUGUCAGUGAGUGUCAAUCAAAGGGUGCGUCCACUUGCGGUCGGCAAACGUGUGAACGACCAAAAUGGACAAAGAUUUGAAUUCGUCGGGAUCUUCGUCGCGAUUCAAGCGAUUGUCUGCCACUCCGACUAACAGUUUCAGCUCAAAGCCGUCGUCGUCAGCAUCGAGCAGCUCAUCGAUUGACGACUCGGUCAACACGUGGGACUGCAGUGUUUGCACGUACCGCAACAGUUACGAGGCCUUCAAGUGCCUCAUGUGUGAUGUCCGUAAAGGCACGUCAACCCGAAAGCCGCGAAUUAAUCCCGAAGUGGUGGCCCAACAGGUUGCCAGACAACAGGAACAGAUCAAACAACAGGCUAUUAAAGCCAUUAAAAAUAAAGACAAACAAAUUGACAAACAAACUGAUAAACCAAUUGAUAAACCAAUUGACAAAAAAAGUAAAGAUGAGACCAAUAGUUCUCUAAACAGUCCCUCUUCUAGUGGUCUCAACAAUAGUACGAACAGUAUCGCCACCGACAAUGGCCUCAAUGCUGUCGGUAGUAAUAGUAAUAGUAGUGUUAAUAGUGUUGAACACAACAAUCAAAAUGUGAACAAUAAAGUGACUACAAAUCAUAGUAAGUCAUUGACCACUAACUCGACUUCGUCUUCUUCUUCAUCAUCAAAAAAUAGUACUUCAAACUCGACACCAACUUUAGCAUCAAAGUUGGGCCCAUUCUUAUCAUCAAAAACUAGUACUUCAUCAACAAAGAACAACAACAACACUCCAUCUUCAGCCAACACAUCGUCUUCGACAUCGAAGCCUAAAAAGCCGCGAACGGUAGGUCCGAAAGCGAAGCUUAAGAACGUUGACCGCAAUAAUGCACACGUGAAGGAAGUGACAGUCAAUAACGUGACAGUCAUUAUCACCGAAUUUACGCCCAAAAAGUUAAAGUUGACGUCAAAACGUGAUAAGCCGUCAUCUAAUAAGUCGUCACCUAAUAAGUCGUCACCUAAUAAGUCGUCUCCUAAAUUGAAGGGUGUGGUGACACCAAAGACAGCUGAAUGUAAAUGAAGUCACUUAUCGGAUGUGACAAUAUUUAGGGAUCAGUUAUCCAUUUAGGAGUGAAAUAAACUUUGCAUAUAUUAUAGCUUAUAUAUUGGAUGUACAGUACAUAUAAAAUUUGUUGGCAGAUGUUUUCAUCAAUCUUUGAUCUUUCACUGCCAGAAUCUGCCACAAAAUCAUAUAUGAUAUUACAGUAUAUAUAAUAUACACUAAAUAUAAAUAUAUAU